CCCAUGUUAGCGUCGGAUUGGACUGUUGAUGCUUCAGAGGACGGGUCGAGAAUUGUAGAAAGAUCAACCACACGGAGCACGUCAUAGAGGCGACAGAUUUCCAACCAUCAUGCUGUUAUUUGACCGUAUAUAUUCUAGGAUGGAUCGCCUUGAUGGCUUGAUCGGUCUAUCGUUGUCGUUUCUUGUAUGUUCGGGGGAAGAUGGACUCGGACUCGGAUCGAUAUACGCGGCCGUCCGCCGCGAAAUACAAUGUCUUUUCGAGGAUCUUUAAGGAUCCGCACCGCGUGCUGGUGCUCAAGUUGGAUUGUCUGUUACUUGUGUGGAUGUUUGUGGCCGGUCUGACCAAAGUAAGAGACUUCGGACCUUGCAUUUCUUGUGCAUGCAGGUACUGACCAUCCAGGAUAUGGAUCAAUCAGCGACAACGCAAGCAUACGUCUCUGGGAUGCAAGAGUCGCUCAGCCUGUACGGCAACGAGCUGGUCGAGUUCACCACGUACUUUUCAAUCGGAUAUGCUCUGGCCAUUGUUCCGUCGCAAAUGAUCCAGACGUUGAUUCGGCCGUCGCUCGUUCUGCCGGUGUGCGAAAUCAUCUGGGGAUGUCUGACUCUUGCGUAG